AUGCGCCGUAUGUCUCUGUCGCCCUGCCUGCACCGGUUGUUGCGGUCGGUUCGUCGCCGCACGCGGUGUCCGCCACCACUGGCGGCCCGGGGGAGGUGGGGGGGGGGCGGUGCGUCGGUUCCCGUCCUACCGAUUGCGGCGGCAUCGGUGCCGUCCCCGGACGUCCUGGCGGUUCCCGAUCCCGCGCCGCACGCUGCUGCUCCCCUGGCUCAGCGUCAGCCGUCUCCGGGCCGCCGGCAGCAUCGGCCUCACUCUCCUGCGCCCCCCGUUCCCCCUCCCCCAGCUCCCUCUGCAUCUGCCGUUGCUCAUGGGAACCGGAUGCGCCUGCCGUGGGUUCCUCCUGUGGCGGGUAUGGAGUUUGUGACUGCGGCUGGAGGACCGGUGACGGGGCAGUAUCCCUCCCUACUGCCUGUUGCUCCUGCUCCUCCGGCUGCAUCAGUGCCAGUGCAAUCACAGGUGGGGCCCUCUCCGUCAGCUGUGGUGCCGGAGGCGUCGCUGGGGCAGCUAUGGCGCCUCGCUGAGGGUCUGCGGGCAGUGCACCUGAUUCAGGUGUAUGGUCACGCGGCUCUCUCCCAGGGUGUUCAUCUGGACCCUGGCCCCCGGGACGAGUGCCUGGAUGCCGCGGAUCGACUGGCCGAGCUCCUGGCGCCCGUGUUGGCUGCGCCCGCGCGGGGUGGAGUUGCGGGCGUUGGGCAGCUGGGGAUGGCAGUCCGUGGUUUGCGCCGGUUUUUGCGAGCGGGCUCUGCCGUCGACUUGAUCGGCGCAACGACAGUGGUGGUGCGCGAGCUUCAUCGUUCUCUGACGGGUCUUCUCGCUGUCCUUGACGCGGAUCAGAUGUAG